UCUCACACCACAUGAAAUCAGAAAUUCCGUGGAGACAGAGGAGUCUGACACCAUUUGCAUUAAUUAAAAAAUUAAAGAAGAUAAAUAAGUAAACAGACAAGAUCACAAGAAAGACGCAUAUCGAUCUGUUUAAACAUUUGUCCAGAUUUAAAAAAUGCACUUCAUUAUAUAUCAAGAUUAAAGCAGCCUAAUUGAGCCAAGGAGAAAAAUGGAGUACGUGAACAUUUUGUUAGGACUUUUAUUCGCCUGUUUUUUGGUUGGUGAAGUUGUUAUUUCAGUUAGAAGAAGCAGCAAAAGAGUUGCACCAGGUCCAUAUCCUCUGCCUAUUAUCGGAAAUCUUCACUUGCUUGGCGAUAAUAAACCACAAAUAUCACUUGCUCAACUUGCAAAAAAAUAUGGCCCAAUUAUGAAUCUCAAAUUGGGGCAAAUAAACACAGUCGUUAUUUCUUCAUCACUGUUGGCUAAAGAAGUAAUGCAAAAGCGAGAUUUAUCCUUUUCCAGUAGGUUUGCUCCAGACGCACUUUGUGCCUGCAAUCACAAUGAUUUCUCAGUUGUAUGGUUACCCGUCAACAACUCACAGUGGAGAUCGCUUCGUAAGUCUAUGAACUCUCACAUCUUUUCUGUGAACAAGCUUGAUGCUAAUAAGCAUCUGAGGACCAAAAAGAUGCAGGAGUUGAUUGAUUAUUGUCACAAGAGUGGACAAAAUGGUGAAGCAGUGGAUAUUGGCAGAGCAGCUUUUAGAACUUCCUUAAAUUUGUUGUCCAACACCAUUUUCUCUAAAGAUUUGACUGAUCCAUUCUCUGAUUCUGAUAAGGAGUUUAGGGAAUUGGUGUGGAAUAUCAUGGCUGAGGCUGGUAAACCUAAUUUGGUGGAUUAUUUCCCCUUUUUAAAAAAGAUUGAUCCACAAGGUAUAAGGCGGCGUUUGACAAAUCAUUUUAGUAAGGUUCUUCGACUUUUGAGUGGUUUGAUUGAUGAACGGCUAAAGGAAAGCGAAAUGGGAAAUCGCGAAAAUGUUGAUGUGUUAGACGCCCUUCUCAGCAUUAGCCCUGAAGAAAUCGACAGGAAUCAUAUCGAGCAUCUGUAUCUGGACUUGUUUGCAGCAGGGACCGAUACGACUUCAAAUACAUUGGAGUGGGCAAUGGCUGAACUACUUAAGAAUCCACAUACUUUGGAGAAAGCACAAGAAGAACUUGCACAAGUAAUUGGCAGAGGUAAACUAGUAGAUGAAGCCGAUGUUGCACAGUUACCUUACUUGCAAUGCAUCGUGAAAGAAGCCUUGCGUUUACACCCACCGGUUUCUUUAUUAAUUCCUCGCAAAGUGGAGGAAGAUGUUGAGCUUUGUGGCUAUACUGUACCAAAAGGCUCCCAAGUUCUAGUGAACGUAUGGGCGAUUGGGCGCGACUCUGGUAUAUGGGAGAACCCUUUGGACUUCAAACCAGAGAGGUUUUGGGAGUCUGAAAUAGAUGUUAGAGGUCGGGAUUUUGAGUUGAUUCCAUUUGGUGCUGGUCGAAGAAUUUGUCCUGGAUUGCCUUUGGCUAUCAGGAUAAUUCCAGUCGUGCUAGGUUCAUUGAUUAAUACAUUUAAUUGGAAGCUACAUGGUGGAAUUGCACCUAAUGAUUUGAACAUGGAGGAAAAAUUUGGCAUCACAUUGGCAAAAGCUCAACCUCUGCUAGUUGUUCCCAUUCCACUAUAGACUAAGUUAAUGGUGGAGUGGAAAUGUUCAACUACUCGAGCAAGUCUCGCCUGUUGUUUAAAUUGGGUUGUCAAAAGGCUACGUAAUUGUAUUUGUAGAAUCUAUAUAUGCUUGUGUAUCUUUGAAGAUAACACCAACUCUCUCGGAUGUUAUGUGACACAUUUUGGAUUUUGAGAUUUAAAUAAGUAUAUCUUUGAAA